AUGUCACCAGUGAUUGAACUGCACAUUUCAAUAAUUUGUUUGCUAAGGAAACAUGCUCAUGAGCCUAUUUAUAGAACUGUUUUUGGAUCAGGAUUUGAUGAUAGUGAUUUAACUACUAUAUUAGAAAAUAGAAACAUUGGUUGUGGUGGUAGUCUUUGGAAAUAA